CCACAUUCCGAUGAAACGCUGUCGUCAAGCUACAUGGCCUACCCCUUUGUUAGGGUUUUAAUUUCAAACUUUUGCGCCCAAAAUUCCAAAACCCUUAAAUCCCACCUGAUUUAUACUCGGUUCAAUUCAAGAUUAUUCCUUUUUCUGAUAAACGAACAAUAACCCAAGCAAAUCAUGUCGACAUAUAAUUCAGACGAAAAUUUGAGCGGGAAUGCGAACCGUAGAAGCACCUGGGAUGGCUGCAGUGUGUUGCUUGACAUCAACGAUGGCGAUCGAGUGCUUUUUGCUCGCCUUACUGCAGGCUCGAAAAUAAAGAUAGGAGACAAGAAUUGCUCUCUGCAGCCUUUGAUUGGGUGCCCAUUUGGGUCUUCGUUUCAGGUGGAAGUUGGCGCAGACGGACCGUUUCUAUCUCCGAUUGUUCCAAAUGGAGAAGGUAAUAAUCUCGGCGAGAAAAUGGAUGAUCAAACUAUGGAAGAGUGCAGAGAUAAUCGUGCAUUAGUAGAUAAUAACACAGCCCAGUCUCUCACGGGUGAGGACAUAGAUGGCAUGCGGAGAAAGGGAGCAACUGGAGAUGAAAUAGUUCAGGCUCUUAUUGCAAACAGUGCGACAUUUGAAAAGAAAACAGCUUUUUCACAGGAAAAAUACCGCAUCAAAAAGCAGAAAAAAUAUGCGCCAAGGGUACUUCUAAGACGUCCAUUUGCAAGAAGCAUCUGUGAAGCUUACUUCAAAAAACAUGCUGAGAAAAUCGGAUUUUUGCGGGUGGAUACCUUGUCCCUUCUGCUUUCCUUGGCUAAUGUCACUGCACACUCAGAUGUACUUGUAUUUGAUAUGCUAGAGGGUAUAGUUACUGGUUCUGUUGCAGAGCGAAUGGGAGGAACGGGUUAUGUAUGCAAUCCAUAUUGUGGAACCACUCCAUCACCCAUUAGUAUUGUUCGGAUGUUCAAUUUCAGUGACGAGACUUGCAAAAGGAUUUUACAUGCUUCGCUCACUGAGUUACAACCCUCCAAUAGCAAAAAUUCAACAUCCACCGACCAGCUUGUAGAUGACUGUAAUAUCGGAGAACAAGAAAAUAAAGAUACCCUGUCCUCUUCUUCAGCUAAAGAUUUGGUCAAUAUGGAGGAAAGCACCGUGAAUAUGGAUACCGCCGACAAUAAUGUAGCUGCUUCUCCAAAGAGUGGCAAAAGUGUCAAGGCUGGUGAGAAGGCACCUCCGGAGGCUAUUAAGUCUUGGAAGGAAAAUGGCUUUUCCAGUUUGAUUAUUGCCGCUCCAAACUUGGAUGCUUGGGACAUUGCAAAAGACCUGGUGCCACUUUUAUCAUACUCGGCGCCAUUUGUGAUUUAUCACCAGUAUCUCCAGCCUCUAGCUACAUGCAUGCACAAUCUGCAGAGCAAUAAAAUGGCCAUCAACUUGCAAAUUUCAGAACCUUGGUUACGUGAAUAUCAGGUUCUUCCAUCAAGAACACAUCCACAUAUGCAGAUGAGCUCAUCAGGAGGCUAUCUGUUGAGCGGCACUCGAAUAAGCGGCGCCGAUCAAAAUUAGUUUCAUCUCACUAUUUCUGCAUUUAACGUUGUUGUUUGAAAAUUUCGAGCAUUCAUCCCUAAGAAUUGUAUAGUUAUAACUUAUAAGAUUUUUGGUUUUUGUUGCUAAAUUAUCCCACAUAAUACAGGACUAUAUUGUCGCCCGUUUUGUACUA